CGACAGUGCCUCGCGACAAUGAUACGUCCUAAAGCCUCUGUCCCAUGUAGCCACCGGAGACUCCGUGCUGUACUUGCAGUGUAUCUGCAUUGUAAACGCUUUAAAACAGAUAACUUCGUAUCCUUAGGUUCUUGUGGCUUAUAGAUUUAGAAUAUCUCGCGAUCGUAGUUCAAGUCAUGAAGUCUUCGUUCAGCUACCCCACUGCGAGGCCCCCGAACAUGAGCGUGGACCUUAACACGUACGUGAGCGUCGAGUCGUAUCCGUGUCAGGAAGACCUCAACGCCUGGAGAAGGAUCAGCUUCUGCAAGGCCUCCAAGAGGCACCACCAACACCUGGACGUCGGCUGCGGCCUGGGUAACUUCACGCGCAACCACCUGCUGCCUUUCUCGCGUCCUUGUCGAAGGCUCGUGGCAGUUGACAGUUGUCCCAGGAUAAUCGAGUACGCCCGCGAGCGCACGUGGCAUCCCGAGAUCUUCUACGACGUGCUGGACAUUGAGAAGGAUGAUGACGUCACGUGCUUUAUUGACAAGUACGGGAAGUUCGAGCGUGUGUACUCGUUCAUGUGCUUCCACUUCGUGAAAGACCAGCCUGCAGCGUAUAGGAACGUGCGCCGGCUGUUGGCCGAAGACGGCGAGUGCGUCGUGGUAUCUUGCGUGAGCACCCAACUCACGGACGUUUGGCUUCAGGUGCACGAAACGCAGAAGUGGAAGUCGUACGUGCCGGAUCCAAAGGAUAUAUUCUCACCCCACUUCCGCUUCAACUGUGUUACGCCAGUCCGUCAAAAUUGAAGAAGAAACCAGCAAGUUGGUCACACAGGCCGGUUUGCAUUGCGUCAGGUGCGAGAUUUACGAAAACGAGUGGACAUUUCCCGACAUCGACACCAUUAUACAUUUCUUCUUCGCCAUCUUCGGGUCGGAGGAAGUGGUCCCUGACGCCGAGAAGGAAGCAUUUAAAAAUGUGUGGAGGACAAUACUCGAGAAGAAGACGCAGGAGAGGCCCGAAGGGGGUCGUCAAUUGAAGUUUCUCAUUUCCGUGGCACACGCGUCGCAUCGUCCGCAGGCAGGCAAUGUCGC